AAAUGGAAGGCAUAACAACAGUGGGCAGCAUUCCUUUGGCUUUGAGGCUGAAGACAAGCAAGCAGAGAAUGAAAACCAUGAGUACCAUUUCCAAGGAUUCCUUGAAGACUUCCCUGCUGCAGUUAGAAUGCCAUUUUACAUGGACUUUGCUGGAGAAGCAUGUAAGUCUUGAGGCCCUAGAGGAAACAAUACUCGAUCAUAUCAAGUUUGUCGUAGAAUACAACAUUAGAGAUUAUAAUAUACUAUCCUAUGUAUGCCACCUAAAGAAUUCAGAUGAGGAAGCCCUAAGAAAUCUCAAAAAAGCUGAAGAAGCUAUUCAAAAAUAUCAUCCAGGUGAAAUUGCCAGGAAGAGUCUUGUUACCUGGGGGAACUAUGCCUGGAUCUAUUACCACAUGCAGAGAUAUGAAGAAGCUCAAACUUAUGUAAGCAAAGUGGAAAACAGCUGCAAAGAGCUUUCAAGUACUUCUCAUGGAAAGAUUCAGCUUCCAGAGAUCUACACUGAAAAAGGAUGGGCAUUAUUACGUUUUGGGAGGAAUUACUUUGAGAGGGCAAAGAAUUGCUUUGAAAAUGCUCUGAAGAGCGAGCCUGAUAACCCAGAUGUUAAUGCUGGCUAUGCAAUAACAAUGUAUCGCUUGAAGGACUGUGCUGAGAAGUAUGGUGAAGAGGUGAGGCCAUGCCUUGAGGCCCUGCAGCGAGCAGUGGAACUGAAUCCAAACGACACUACCAUUAUGGGGCUACUUGCAUUAGAACUUCAGCGAUUAAAAAGAGUUAAUGAAGGAGAGAGGUACAUUGAAGAAGGACUGCAGAAAACCCCUGACUUUCCUGUUUUCCUGCGAUAUGCUGCUAAUUUUUACAGAAAGAAAGGAAAAGUAGACAAGGCAGUGGAGAUCUUGCAGAGGGCCCUAGUACUGACACCAAACGCUGUCGUUCUGCAUCACCAACUAGGACUCUGCUACAGAACCAAGGCACUUCAAUUGAAAAAGACAAGAUACACACCUCAAGAGGAAGUGGAGAAUCUCAUCCAGCUUGCCAUUUUUCAUUUUAAAACAGUCAUAGACAAGAAGCCAGUAUUUUUUUGUGCCCAUUGUGAUCUUGCAAACACAUACGCACUAGCCAAGAGGUAUGAAGAAGCAGAAGAGGUAUUUCAGGGAGUGCUUCUGAGAAAUUAUAUACCCUGUGAUGACAAACAAGUUAUCUACUUCAAUUAUGGCAAUUUUCAGCAUUUUCACAUGAAGUCAGAAUCAAAAGCCAUUAAGUAUUACAUAGAAGGUCUGAAAAUGGAAAAAGAUUCCUAUGGAAGAAAAAAGUGCAGUGAAGCUGUGGAGAUAUUGUUGAAAGAGAAAAUUAAGAGAGGUUUGAGAGCCACAGAUAUUGGUACACUUGGACUUGUUCAUAACCUAAAUGGUAAGAAACAAGAAGCAAUUCAAUGCUAUCAGAAAGCCAUUGCUUUGGAGCCAAACAAUGAAGAAUAUCUGAACGCAUUAGCUGAGCUACAACUUUCCAUCUCAAGCUAAAGCUCACAAAAAUCCUACGUACCAAAAUAUCCCCAAGGACCUUUCAACGCUCUCAAAACUUUUUUUUGUUGUUUGUUUUUCAUUUGAAGGUAGACAUUAUGACCAGAUGGAACUCGGGUGGCAUCUGUUUCUGGUCAUAAUGUAGAAACUGCAGACGAUUGUUCAUUUGUUCAUUCACUAACAGAGAACAUGCUUGGAUAACUACGUAAUAUAUAUUUAUAGCUAAUCUAACUUAGUCUUCAAUGCUAACAUGGGUAUAAAUGUUACAUUUAAGCGAUGGUCUGUAGAACACAGAACUGCAACACUGAAAUCAGAUAUUACCUUUUACUGAGAAAAAGAUAAGGGAAUCAUAUUGUAGUGUUUUGUCUGUACACUUGAAGGGCAUGCUUAUACACAAAUAGAAAUUCUGAAGCUU